AUGGCGAAAGUAUGUCUUGAGAAAGGUAACAAAGAAUCCAGACAAGGAGAGGCUAAGAACGCGGUAGACUCCUACACUGAUGGACUUCAAGUGAACUGCAGGGAUAAACGGCUGAACAUCAAUCUUUAUAAUUAUAGCAACAGGGCAGCAGGUUAUUUCCAUUUGGGAAACUACCUGGAGUGUCUCGAUGAUGCAACAAUUGCUGUUCGAUUGGAACCCACUUUAAUCAAAGCCAUUAAGAAGGGAGCCAGUGCUUGUGUCAAGCUUUGCCUAUAUAGAGAAGCAAGAAGCUGGUUACAUAUGGCAUUGGCCGUAUCCUGUGACAAAUUAUUCAAAUAA